UUCUGCCAGCCGCGGCUGCCGCUGGAGCCGGUGUCCGGGCUGGUGAUGGGGUUAAUUCCCUUUCGUAAGACUCUUACUUGCACCCACCCAGCCCCGCCGUCGCCCCGCCGCGCCGCGCUCCAACCGCCUCCUCCUCCUCCUCCUCCUCCUCCUCAGUAACGCGGGGAUUUAAACCCAACUUGGCUCUAGCUCAAAGACCCAGAACUCGGAGUCUAAGAAAAGUGUCUUUGUCCCACUUGUUCUGCAAUGUCAAUGAGCAACAUAGUUACCCUAAGCUCAAGUUUCAUACUGUACUUCUUAGAAUGCUCAACAUCCUCUGCAAAGACUGAAGCACAGUGACUCUACUAACAUCUUGUUUAACUGUAGUUAGAAGGCCACUGAAAGGUAUGAUAUAUUUGAUUCACGACAGUCCAUUUCAGCCCAGGAAUCUACAGUGGUGACAAGGACAUGGGACUCCUCCUGCCAGAUUCCAGAUGGUUCAAUACACUUGACACCCUGGCUGACAACUGUGAAAAAGAACCUUGGAUUACUUUAUUUUAUUUUUGUGGGACACCACAAUCCCAAUUCCAUAGGACACAUCAGGCUUCAAGUUCCCUGUAGAAUUCUAAAAUAACCUUUGCUGAUGAGGAUGUCUGAUACUGUUACUGUAAAAAAUGAAACUGAAACAAUGAAGGAUUUGGAGGCAGAAGUGAAAGAUAAAACCAGAGUUGAAAAUCUUAUCAAAUCAGAAAACUAUGGGAAGAUUUUGGCAGAGAAGAAUGAACGUUGUAUUGACAACAAUAUUGAUUUGCAGCGGCCAUUGCAAUCCUUUGGACAGACAGGAAAAAGGUCUAAGUCGAGCUCAAAGUUAAAGCUAGUUCGGAGCCUUGCAGUGUGUGAAGAAUCUCCACCACCCCCUACAGCAGAGAUAUCACAGGAGAACCAGGAGAAAAUUCAGAUCCAGUUAACGCAAUCAUUUGAAAAAGAGGAGAAGCCCUCAAAAGAUGAAGCAGAAAAAGAAAAAGCCAGUGAUAAGUUACCCAGAAAAAUGUUAUCAAGAGAUUCCAGUCAAGAAUACACUGAUUCAACUGGCAUAGAUCUACAUGAAUUUUUAGUAAAUACAUUAAAAAACAAUCCCAGGGACAGAAUGAUGCUGUUGAAAUUGGAACAAGAAAUUUUAGAUUUCAUUGGUAAUAAUGAGUCUCCACGUAAAAAAUUUCCCCCAAUGACAUCUUACCAUAGGAUGCUAUUACACAGAGUAGCUGCUUACUUUGGAUUAGACCACAAUGUUGAUCAGAGCGGGAAGUCUGUCAUAGUAAACAAAACUAGCAAUACAAGAAUACCUGAUCAGAAAUUCAAUGAACAUAUUAAGGAUGAUAAAGGUGAAGACUUUCAGAAACGAUAUAUCCUCAAGAGAGACAACUCCAGCUUUGACAAAGAUGAUAACCAGAUGAGAAUACGUUUGAAAGAUGACAGAAGGAGCAAAUCUAUAGAAGAAAGAGAAGAGGAGUACCAGAGAGCCAGAGACCGAAUAUUUUCCCAAGAUUCCCUGUGUUCCCAAGAGAAUUAUAUUAUUGACAAAAGAAUCCAAGACGAGGAUGCUAGUAGUACCCAGCAGAGGCGUCAGAUAUUUAGAGUUAAUAAAGAUGCUUCAGGGAGAUCAACAAAUAGCCAUCAAAGCAGCACUGAGAAUGAACUGAAGUAUUCUGAACCACGACCCUGGAGCAGUACAGAUUCAGACAGUUCCCUCCGAAACUUCAAGCCUGCUGUUACCAAAGCCAGCAGCUUCAGUGGAAUCUCGGUCCUGACAAGAGGUGAUAGUUCGGGGAGCAGCAAAAGCAUAGGCAGGCUUUCAAAAACAGGUUCUGAGUCUUCUGGUAGUGUAGGGUCAUCUACGGGCUCUCUUUCUCACAUCCAGCAGCCUCUUCCAGGUACAGCUCUCAGCCAGUCUUCUCAUGGCGCACCUGUCGUCUAUCCAACUGUCAGCACUCAUAGCUCUCUUUCCUUUGAUGGUGGCCUAAAUGGGCAAGUCGCAUCUCCUAGCACUAGCUUCUUUUUGCUUCCCUUGGAAGCGGCAGGCAUACCACCUGGCAGUAUUCUGAUCAACCCACAAACAGGUCAGCCCUUCAUAAACCCAGAUGGAAGUCCAGUUGUGUAUAAUCCUCCUAUGACUCAACAACCUGUUAGAACCCAAGUGCCUGGACCUCCACAGCCACCUCUGCCACCCCCACCACCUCAACAACAAGCAGCUAAUCACAUUUUCUCACAGCCUGUUCGUCCUCUGCAGUCCUCUUCACAGCCUGUUCAGUACUCUACAGCCCCUUACCCAUCCCCGCUCCUGCCAGUCUCACCCACCCAGCAAUACUCCGUGCAGGACAACCUUGGGUCUCAGUUUAGCCACAUGAGUCUUGCCCGCCAGCCAUCUGCAGAUGGUUCUGACCCUCAUGCCACCAUGUUCCAGUCCACUGUUGUUCUUCAGUCCCCACAGCAGUCUGGUUAUAUCAUGACAGCAGCCCCUCCACCACCACCGCCACCACCACCUCCUCCCCCUCCUCUGCCACCUGGGCAGCCAGUCCCUUCUGCUGGCUAUGCUGCCUCUGGCCAUCCUGUCAGCCAGCCUGUGCUUCAGCAGCAGGGAUAUAUUCAGCAGCCCUCACCACAGAUGCCAGCCUGUUACUGUGCUCCAGGCCACUAUCACUCUGGUCAACCUCAGUAUCGCCCAAUCCCUUCUGUCCAUUACAAUUCACAUCUAAACCAACCACUGCCACAGCCUGCACAGCAGACAGGUUAUCAAGUUAUACCCAACCACCAGCAAAACUACCAAGGACUAGUUGGAGUUCAGCAACCCCAGAGUCAGAGUCUAGUUGGUGGCCAGCCCAACAGCAUUGGAAAUCAGAUCCAAGGAGUAGUCAUCCCAUAUCCUUCAGUGCCAUCAUACCAGGUUUCACUGCCUCAAAGUUCUCAAGGAAUUGCCCAUCAGACUUAUCAGCAGCCUGUUAUGUUCCCUAAUCAGUCUAAUCAAGGAUCUAUGCCCACAACAGGAAUGCCAGUUUACUAUAGUGUCAUUCCUCCUGGUCAGCAAAGUAAUUUAAGUUCAUCAGUAGGUUACUUGCAACAUCCAGGAUCAGAACAAGUACAGUUUCCUCGAACUACUUCACCAUGCAAUUCCCAGCAGCUUCAAAGCCACCAGUGUGCAGCUGUGCCACCUCCGCCCCCUGGUGGAGGAAUGGUGAUGAUGCAGCUCAAUGUACCAAACAAUCCACAAUCUCGGGCCCACUCACCCCCACAGUGGAAACAAAACAAAUAUUACUGUGAUCACCAGAGAGGACAGAAGUGUGUGGAAUUUAGCAAUGUAGACAAUAUUGUUCAGCACAGCCCUCAACUCAGUAGUCCCAUUGUUUCACCAGCUCAGUCGCCAGCACCAGCGCAGCUGACCACCCUGAAAACUGUCCGUCCUUCUGGACCACCCCUUUCCAUCAUACCUCAGUUUUCUAGACCUUUUGUUCCAGGGCAAGGAGAUGCCAGAUAUCCAUUACUUGGCCAGCCUCUGCAGUACAACCCUCCUGCUGUUCUGCAUGGACACAUUCCAACCCAACAGGGUCAGUCUGGCAACAGGCAUGGAAAUCGAGGAAGGAAACAAGCUAAAAAAGCUGCAUCCACUGACCUUGGUGCAGGAGAGCCAGUUGUUGGGAAGGUCUUGGAAAUUACUGAACUCCCUGAUGGAAUAACUCGCAUGGAAGCCGAGAAGCUUUUUGGGGAACUCUUUAAAAUUGGUGCCAAGAUCCGGUGGCUCCGAGACCCUCAAUCCCAGCCCCAGCUGCGUCGUCACCCCCUCUGCUGUGGCAGCGGGGACAACACUGUCAAUCCUGAACGUUCUAAACCCAGUGACUUGGCCUCCACUUACACCGUCUUAGCCACAUUCCCCUCCAUUUCAGCUGCACAGAAUGCAUUGAAGAAACAAAUUAACUCAGUUAACAAGUUUAAGCUGAGAACGAGCAAGAAGCACUAUGACUUCCACAUUCUGGAAAGGGCGAGUUCUCAGUAACAGAGCCACCUUGGACCCUUGGCCUUUAUGAUUCCCCUGUCCUCACCCAUCUUUAAUUGGCUUGGUUUUUGGAGCUUCUGUUAACAUGAUAGAGACUCCUAGGACGUGUGGUCAUGGCGUUAUAGCUUUUGAAGACAGGCCAGUGAUCCAGCAAAGGGGGGAAAUUACACAUUUCACUCCAAAUGACUGUAGGAAUCCACAUCGGAAUGAUACAGAGUUAGCAGCUUUUUCCGAGGAAAUGCUGUUCAAAUGCCUCCUAACUUUUAUAGUUAUUUUGUUUUAUAUUUCUGAAUUCUUGUAUCAGAUCCAGAGCUCUAUUGUACAGCAAAUUAUUCUUCAAAAUGAUUACAACCAGUUGCAACCUGUAUUUCUUUUUUGCAGCCAGCACAAUGUGACCCAACAGAGAAUUUGGGGGAAAAAGAAUGCAGGAAUGGAAUAACCAAGUCAAAACCAUGUACUAUCUUCUUGGGGGGCUGGACGGUGACUAAGGAGAGCCCACAAAUAGACCAUUACUCUUUCCCUGUAUCUCUAAACACAGAAACAAUUUCCAAAAAAUACAGAACUCCCUCAUAGGGUCCUUUCCUUAUUCAUUUAGGUAGUAUGAACAUUAAGUGUAAAGCAAAUUAUGUUCUUAACACUUCUUAAUCAAACCACUUAGAUUCAAGGGGGAAUAGGAAUCAUUUUAGGCAGGAAAAUACUUCCACUUUUUUUUUUUUAAGUGUCCCUCUGAUAACUAAAUGCCACUUAUUUGCAUUCCCCUCGUGAAUAUUUUGUCACCUAAGGAAAUGCAUUUGAUGAGUGCUGGAAACUUCUUAAGUGGUUUAAAAUCUGUUUUCAUUGUUUGCAGCGGAUCACUGGACAUCAAAGAUUCAUUGCACUUAUGAACAAGGAACCUUUUUUUCAUUUUCUGUGUAAUUUGCAAGGCUGUACAAUGUGUGCUGAUGCAAGCCUUUUUCAGUUCAAGAGAAUAAAUGUUUACAAAUACA